UUGCCACUACCRACUCCAAAAUUCCCUUUGCAUUUUGGUUUCUGAAGCAAAAAGAUUAUUCCUUUAAGGUAAACCAACGGCUGUCUGCUGUGUUCUCCCAACAACAAAUGACCCCUCGAGCUUAUGUCUUAAUCUUCUUCUUCUGGUCUUUCCUCACCAUCCUCACUCCCGCCCUCGUCCUUCUCUCCGAAAAUUCAAAAUCACCGCCCCCGUCUUUCGAUUCUCCCGAUGGGAAAAAUGGAGGGAUUAAUAUGAGUAGGAAAGUUGUGGGGUUGACGAGAAAAUAUGAGAUGUUGAAAGUUUUGGCCGAAGAACAGAAAGCGCCGACGGCGAUUCCAAUCCCGGUCACGGUACCGGUGCCGUCGCCGUCGCCGGCUCCGGCUCCGGACGCUGAUUUUCCGGUUCGGAGGUUCAUGGCUGGUGCUGGAAAAGUCAUCUUGACAACAUUAAAGGUCUUGAAAGAAGCGUAAGUUAUUUUUAAAAUAUAAAUAAAUUACAUAAUGUUUUUGGA